AAUAAUCUGUGAACGAGAAUAUCAUAUGAGAAUAUGUAUUAUAAAAGAUAGAGGAAGUAUCAUACGUGAAUAUGUAUUAUAAAAGGUAGAUUAUAAGGAAGUUGUGCAGCAGAAAGGAUAAUCCUUCCAAGGAACCUAUACGGUAGAGGUUAUUAUUGUCGACAGAAAAUCGAUACUAUCUUUUAAUAUACUUACACGUGAUAUCUAAGGUAUGUCAGAAAUGUUGGCGUGUCAUUAAAUGUGCAACAUUUGUAUAUAUAUUUAUAACGUACAACGCUAACAAAGUCUCUCAACAAUUGAUAUCUACGAUAAUAUUGAAUCUGCAUAUAUUUACUUCAAUUCGUAAAAUAUUCGAAUAAUUUAAUAAUUUUAGCUUGGUCGUAAACCUUGACUGUUCGCGUGAAACGUAUAUAAGUAAUGUGCAUUCAGUUAUUUAUCGUUUUUUUUUUACUAGGUUAAAUGGUCGUACAUUCGAUUGUACUAAAUUGUCCGUAUCUGUUCUAAUGAAAAUAUAAUGCCACAUAAUAUCGAUUGCUCGAUUAACAAAGAAAGAUAUUUUUUAACUUGUAAAGAUCUCUUAGCUCCUUCCUAUUUUAUCAUCUUUAAAUUAUAUAAGCAAAAAAUUGCUGUUGCAUUUUUAUGCUUCCAUUUUGCGUUCGAGCUUAUUGUUAGACUAGUUUCAACGUUGUUAAAAACUUAACGAGACGCGUCCGUCAGGAAUGUCGCGCAUUUGUGUUUUGGACGUCGCCGGCUCAGAAUAUCCGCAUCUUUUAACCCACGCGGACGCGAUACAAGGUACAAGAAGAUUUGAUUGACACUUUGUGUGCGAUAAUUAUUAUAUGCCAAUGAGAAAAAUCGAGAUUCCGUCAAAGAUUGCUUGCGCGAUUCACGUUGCGCUUCCACAAAAGAAUUUUUUAUUUCGCGCGGAUAAAACCUGGACAGGAUAGAGAAGCGUAAAAAUAGAGAGGCCGCAAAACAAGAAGACUUGAUGUAUAACGUCAUCGUGGCAGAUGUUGCAUUUACAAAGGAUCCAUCUUUUCGCCAAACAGACGACAACAAAUGGAGAGCCGUCCGGUUCUCGCCACCAGAUCUUCUCAUUAUAAUGCCGCAGCGGAGGUUUAAGGUGUCCUCACUCCGAACCGUACGGGAAGCCGGAUAUAUAACGUCAGUGUAAACAAGUGUAUCUUUUUAAUAACUUCAAAUAAAAAGGUGGACGUUUAGAUAGGUGAGGACAUCGAGUAAAUAAUGUGUUCGUGCCACGAGAUUUAAGAGAUUUAAUAAUGAUAUUUGUAGCGCAUACACAAUUGAGUGUAACUCGAAACGCGAAUAUAAAAUAACACAAAAGCUUAUAACACACGUAAAAAUAUUGCGUACUUUUAUGUGUAAUAAAAUGUACUGUACUUUUAUAUGCAAUUAUUUCCGAUUAAUGCGAAAUAGAUAAAGAAUAGUAUUGUCGUUGUGAAAUGAUCUUUAGAUCUGUAUAUCUAUAUAUAUUCGCACAUACCGCAUGUCUAUGCAGUCUGUUGUUCAACAAUAAAGUCGAUCGUCAAGUUCCUAGGAUCAUUGUUACAAGGUCCGAGAAGUAUAAUAUAUUAUAAGGAGUAUCUAGGAAUUUUACACAGAGACACGGAAGUAGAACGAAAGGAAUACUUUUACACCCUGGUAUUUUACAACGCCUGCUCUUGUUGAAAAAGAUUGGCUGAGCUAUUUCCCUUCGUAAAAAAAUCGCUCAGCCAACAGAACGGAGCUGCCAUCACAGCGAUUACUCCACAUGUGGACAUCGCCGUCGCGACUCAGGAUCGGCCGGGCACCUAGGAAAAAGACACAGCCUUAAGCUGCACCAUCAGCUGCCACGGCCGGUGAAGGAUGGAGAACACCGACGGAUCCAGGAGGAAGCUCUCCUUCCUUGGCUUUGGCAAGCGGGUAUCGAUCGACGGGCAUGCCGCGGAAACGGGACCGGAGCUCGACGAGGAGAUGGAAAAGGUUUUUGCGAUGGACGCCGGAGAAAAGUUCGACGUAGCCCGGCUUGGAUCGCCCUCAGAAUCGGUUGGAUCUGAUCGAGAUCGCGAUCGCGGGCCACCCCCACGAUAUGGCGGCGAUCGCGAUUUCAAUCAAUACCGUAAAAGAAGCUACCCGCAUCCGCACAUGCCCUUGAAGAGCUUGCAUUCCAGGUCUAUGCGACGACACCUUUCACCUGAAGGAUCGGCGGCGGAAGUAUUCACUGAGGAGGAUCAUGGCAAUGUACAAGCAAGGAGUAACGAAGUCCAGGAGGUCGAUGGGAUAAACCGUAAUGGAUUGCGAUUGGCCGUCACAGCAGAGGCUGAAGAUGAUGAGGGAAUUGUGGAGGAGACUGUAAAUGUAGGCAGCAGCGAAAGCGAAGCGCCGAUCUCGGAGAGAGCAGCUUCCGGUUUCAGCGACAGUCCAAUCAUCGGCAGUCCGAGGGUACAAUUUGAGAAGAUCAAGGAGGAAGAUGCAUCGAGCACGCAAACACCGGAAGUGCCAACGGAUACCAUACCGAGCGGCCAUGAGGAAGAUCGGAAUCGCCGACGGCACCAGAAACACGAACAUAAACGUCACCACCACAAAUCUCGCAAAUACUCUCUGCAGGAGGAUCCGCAAUGGCGAAAACGAUCAGGAGCCGGUUUUCCAGACAGUUCGAGCUUGCUGGCCCGACGUGUCAGCGUCCAGCCGGAAGAAGCGAGCACUUUGCAGGAACUCGACAUCGAUGAUCUGGAGUCGCAUCGUAGUGACGAUCCGCGUGGCAUGCGCCGGCACAAGGCCGCUCAUUUAACGAUACAGAUUGGCCGACGGAAGGAGGGCGGCAUUCCCCAUGACACCUUCAAAAAGAUGUACGAUCACUCGCCGCACGAGGUAUUCGUUCAAUUGGACGAGCUACAUGGCCUGGGCGAGGAGCGCGAAUGGCGAGAGACCGCUAGAUGGAUUAAAUAUGAGGAGGAUGUUGAGGAGGGUGCUGACAGAUGGGGCAGACCUCACGUGGCUUCCCUUAGCUUCCAUUCAUUGCUGAAUCUUCGUCGUUGCUUAGAAACCGGUGUGGUUCUCCUAGAUCUAGAGGAAAAGGAUCUGCCUGGGCUGGCUUACAGGGUAGUCGAGCAGAUGGUCAUCGAGGAGCUUAUCCUGCCUCAAGACAGACCAGUCGUGAUGAGAGCGCUCCUGCUCAGACACAGGCACGUGCACGAGCACGAACGUGGUUUCCGUUUUGGUGGCAAAAGAAGCUACUCCAGUUACACCAGCCUUCAGAAUCUACACGACGCGAAGCCGAAGAUCGUAUUGUCGAAUCUGGCGCUCGACAAUCAUACGGUGGUCGAUAUCAAGGAGGAGCUAACUUACAUGAGCAGUAAUGAGGAUUUGAAGAAGAGCCACAACGACUAUAUCCUCAAAAGAAUUCCAGCCGGUGCUGAGGCAACAGUCGUACUUGUCGGCGCCGUCGACUUUUUGGAUCAGCCGACGAUAGCUUUCGUACGAUUGGCCGAAGGUGUAUUUAUGCCGUCUAUUACGGAGAUCACGAUACCAGUCAGAUUCAUGUUUACUCUAUUGGGACCGAGAAACGCAGACUUGGACUAUCACGAGAUCGGUCGGUCCAUCUCCACUCUGAUGGCGAAUACGUCGUUCCAUAAAAUCGCUUAUAAGGCCAACGAGAGGCGAGAAUUGCUCUCGGCAAUUAACGAGUUCCUAGACGAUUCAAUUGUACUGCCACCCGGCGACUGGGAGAGACAGGCUUUGUUACCGUUCGGCGAGCUUAAGGCGAAGAGCGAGGCUAUCAGAAAACGAAAAGCGAAGGCGCUCGAGGAGAAGAGCAAACCGGAGCAAAGUGAGGCGGCCGUAAAAAAGGCUCUUCUCGCCGGGGAAGAAGAGAAGAAACCACCGGAGGAUGAUGAUGAUCCGUUGCGACGUACCAAACGACCAUUCGGUGGCCUCAUCAACGACAUUAAACGUCGCUAUUCCUUUUAUUUAUCCGAUUUUACGGAUGGUCUGAGCUCGUCCUGCUUCGCAGCAGCCAUCUUCAUGUACUUUGCCGCACUGUGCGCUGCCAUCACCUUCGGCGGCCUGAUGAGCGACAAGACGCAGAAUGUAAUAGGCAUAUCCGAAACUCUGGUCUCUAGUUCGUGGACGGGUGUGUUGAUGGCACUAUUUGCCACUCAACCGCUGGUGAUCAUUGGCACGACUGGUCCGCUAUUACUCUUUGAUGAGAGCUUAUACAACUUUUGUUUGGCGAACGAGCUUGAAUUUCUUACUGUACGAGUAUAUGUUGGCGCCUGGAUGGGUAUCAUCGCCCUGGCGAUCGCCUGUGUCGAAGGUUCGGUCCUCGUGCGACUCUUCACACGCUUCACCGAAGAGAUCUUUACUGGGUUGAUUUCUAUCCUUUAUAUCGUUGAAACAUUCAUCAAGCUUUACAAUUACUUUGUGCGCAAUCCUCUUCUUCACGAGUACAGCUUUGAUCCGGACACCAACAAUACAGCCUAUCCGCUCUACGUUACUGAAAUGAAGGUCACCAGAUCGCCGUGGAACGAAACUGAGGAAAUCCUGCGCUUGGAAAACGUUUGUGAACUGAUACCGAGCCACGACGCAACGGGGCUACCGAUCAAUCAGCCCAAUACAGCUUUGAUGUGCACUAUCCUUUGCCUGGGUACCUUUCUGGGCGCCUAUUACUUGAGGAUCUUCCGUAACAGCCAUUACUUAGGCCGUAGUGCUCGAAGAGCUUUCGGAGACUUCGGCGUGCCUAUUAGCAUCAUCGUCUUUGUUCUAAUCGACUAUCUUUUUAUGGUAAAAACGGAGAAGUUGCUGGUUCCCGAAGGACUCUCCCCAACUAUACCUGAUAGAAAUUGGUUCGUGUCUCCCGCCGGAUUCGAAAAACCAAUACCGCUUUGGAUGGCUUUAGCUUGCGUAGUGCCAGCUUUGCUGGUUUACAUACUAGUAUUUAUGGAGACUCAAAUAUCAGAAUUAAUCAUCGAUAAAAAAGAGCGUAAACUGCGAAAGGGCAAUGGUUAUCACAUGGACAUCGUAAUGGUCUGCUUGAUGAAUGUAGGAUGUGGCCUGAUGGGUGCACCCUGGUGUUCCGCCGCAUCGGUGCGCUCUCUUACUCACGUAUCCGCUGUAACUGUGAUGUCACGCACUCAUGCGCCCGGUGACAAACCGCACAUCGUCGAAGUGAAGGAGCAACGGGUGAGCGCUCUCCUGGUUGCGAUACUUAUGGGCGUGAGUGUGUUGAUGGCACCACUGUUGCGGCGGGUACCGAUGUCCGUCCUUCUUGGUGUGUUCCUCUACAUGGGCAUCUCGUCGACGAACGGCGUGCAACUGUUUGACCGCGUCAAGCUUUUUUUCAUGCCGGUCAAGCACCAUGGCACGGCAAACUACGUGCGCCGCGUGCAAACUUACAAGAUGCACAUCUUCACCCUCAUACAGAUCUUGUGCCUAGCUGUGUUGUGGAUCGUCAAGAGUACCAGAGCCGCUUUGGCCCUACCCUUCUUCCUUAUUCUGAUGAUACCGUUGCGUGCUCAGAUGAGCCAUUUCUUUACCACCGCGGAGCUACGCGCCCUCGACAGUAAGGGAUCCGAGCACGAAGUCGAGGACGAGUUGGAUUUUUACGAGGAGGCUCCUCUACCUGGUUAGAUUGUGCCUUAAUCGAUUACUCGAUAUCACUGAGUAUUUUUCUCUGUUUCUUUUCUCUCUAAAUUCAUGUACCUUCCAAAAUUAUCUACUUAUAUACCUGUUUCACAUCAGGGUCUCUCAAAGUCUUUAUCUAGCGCUAAUUUGCAAAUACAGAGUUUCUAUUUAUCAAAUUGAAAUAUAUACGUCCAUUGAUAGGGAGUUGAUAAACAG